UCGGGCUGACGUCACGGACCCCCACGGGUCUCGGCUUCCAGAACGAACCGAGCGCGCGAGAAUGGCGGUGUCUAGCGAUGCCCUGGGCCUUCUGGUCGCCGAGCUGUACGACGUGCAGGCUUUCAAGUUCGGGAGCUUCGUGCUCAAGAGCGGCCUCUCCUCCCCCGUCUACAUCGACCUGCGCGGCAUCGUGUCGCGCCCGCGUCUUCUCAGUCAGGUCGCAGACAUCUUAUUCCAAACUGCCAAAACUGCCAGCAUCAGUUUCGACAGCGUGUGUGGAGUUCCUUACACAGCGUUGCCACUAGCCACGGUUAUCUGUUCAACCAAUCACAUUCCCAUGCUCAUUAGGAGGAAGGAAACAAAGGAUUAUGGUACCAAGCGUCUUGUAGAAGGAGAGAUUAAUCCGGGGCAAACCUGUCUGAUCAUUGAGGAUGUCGUCACCAGUGGAGCCAGUGUUUUGGAAACUGUUGAUGUUCUUCAGAAGGAGGGCCUGAAGGUGACCGAUGCCAUAGUGCUGUUAGACCGCGAGCAGGGAGGCAAGGACAAACUGCAGGCUCAUGGGAUCCGUCUCCACUCAGUGUGCACAUUGUCCAACAUCCUGGAGAUUCUUGAACAGCAGAAAAAAAUUGAUGCUGAGAUGGUCAGGAGAGUGAAGAGCUUCAUUCAGGAGAAUGUUUUUCCAGCAGCUAAUCAAAAUGGUUUUUCCCCUCCAGAGAAAAGAGCAUGCAAAGAACUCAGCUUUGGUGCGCGAGCAGAGCUGCCCAGGAUCCACCCACUCGCCUCAAAACUUCUCAAGCUUAUGCAGAAGAAGGAGAGCAACCUGUGUCUGUCUGCUGAUGUGUCCGAGGCCAGAGAGCUGCUGCAGCUAGCAGAUGCCUUGGGACCCAGCAUCUGCAUGCUCAAAACUCAUGUCGAUAUUCUGAAUGAUUUUACUCUGGAUGUGAUGGAGGAGUUGACAGCUUUGGCAAAACGCCAUGAGUUCUUAAUAUUUGAAGACAGGAAGUUCGCUGAUAUAGGAAACACAGUAAAAAAGCAGUACGAAAGUGGCAUCUUUAAAAUAGCUUCCUGGGCAGACCUAGUAAAUGCCCAUGUGGUGCCAGGCUCAGGAGUUGUGAAAGGCUUGCAGGAAGUGGGCAAACCUUUACAUCGAGCAUGCCUGCUCAUUGGAGAAAUGAGCUCCGCUGGCUCCUUGGCCACUGGAAACUACACCAAAGCAGCAGUUGGGAUGGCUGAGGAGCACUGUGAGUUUGUCAUUGGCUUUAUUUCUGGCUCCCGAAUAAGCAUGAAGCCAGAAUUUCUUCACUUGACCCCUGGAGUUCAGUUAGAAAAAGGAGGAGAUCACCUUGGCCAACAGUACAAUAGUCCCCAAGAAGUGAUUGGCAAACGAGGUUCUGACAUCAUCAUUGUAGGCCGGGGAAUCCUUGAAGCAGCUAACCGCCUGGAAGCAGCUGAGAUGUACAGAAAAGCAGCCUGGGAGGCUUAUUUGAGUCGGCUUUCUGCUUAAAGAGAAGACACUGAAGAUGGGCGUCCCAGCGGUCCCUGUCUUCAAACCAGUAGUGCCCAGGCUCCUGCCUGGGGCCUGUGACAGACUCUGCAGCUAUCACUCAUGGUCUUUAACUUGUCUUCGCUGAAGAGCUCUUUUAAGCUCGCUUUCACCGAGACUGGCAUUUGUUUGGCAGCUACCACCUCUCUGAUUCCCUGGACUAGACUGCUUGAUUCUUUUAGUUGCAGUGAGACUCAGUCACAUCUCACGAUAGCCACUUACCUCCUUCACUGCCACAAAGCUGAUCCAUUCUGCUUCUCGGCAGCCAGGGUAGAAAGUCACAGUUUCCUCUUGUCUUAUCUGGAUAGCAGGCUGCUGUUUUAACUCCUUGUCAGUGCUGAAAAGGAGGAGACUGUUACUGAAGUGUUUGCUGACAGAGAAAUUGGGUGGCCCUGGCAGUGUGAUCUGACUGGUGUUUGGCACGUAGCGCUUAGCUGUGCCCAUUGCAAGUGGAAUUCACAGCCCCCAUAAGCUUGAACCAUUUCCCCGAGUCAUAUGUUUACCAAGCAGUUGCCCCGGUUUCUGCUCUCCAUGGGUUAUCAAGUUUGUAUUCCUGCCAAAAGGAAAGAUCCUUUCAUGCUCGGAUAGCUGUUCGUAAAUAGUCCAGGUUUGAGCAAACUGCUGAGUGUCAGAUGGGAUGGUCUAAGAGUGAGUCUAUAUGUUAGCCAUGUAGUCUGUUAGCUUCCUUAUAACCGAGUCAGUGUAAAGCUUCCUUGGCCUGACUUCCCUCGGUGAUAGAAUGUGACCUGAGGGUUGUGAGCUGAAAUAAACCCUUUCCUUCACAAAGA